AUAAGAUUAGAACUCAGGAUUUCAAUGAGAAGGGAGGGAUUUUUCCUAGAGGGACAAAAACAUGCACAUUGCCAAAACACCUGCCAGCCUUCAGAACAGUCAGAAGAUGAACAGAGAGGACCUUUUCUCAAAAUCUGUUGUUAUCCUGAACAAUGGACAUAAAAUGCCAGUGAUUGGGUUUGGCACCUAUGCCCCGCAAAAAUUUCCUAAGAGCCAGUCAGAGGAAGCCACCAAGGUUGCCAUUGAGGUUGGGUAUCGCCAUAUCGAUGGCGCCUAUAUUUAUGGAAAUGAAGUGGAAGUUGGUCAGGCAAUCUGGGAAAAGAUUGCAGAUGGAACCAUAAGGAGAGAAGAUGUGUUCUAUACUGGGAAGCUCUGGAGUACAUUUCAUACCCCAGAACUUGUCCAGCCUGCUCUAGAGAGGUCACUAAAGCAACUGCACCUGGAUUACAUGGACCUGUUUAUUAUCCACAUGCCUCUGGAGAUGAAGCCAGGUAAUGAUCCUUUCCCUGUAGAUGAAAAUGGACAAAUCAUUUUCCACAAUACAGAUUUACGAGAUACAUGGGAGGCUAUGGAGAAAUGUGUGGAUGCAGGUCUAGUGAGGUCUAUCGGAGUCUCCAAUUUUAACCGAAGACAGCUUGAACUGAUUCUUAACAAAGCAGGACUCAAGUACAAGCCAGUGUGUAACCAGGUGGAAUGUCACAUCUACCUGAACCAGAGAAAGCUUCUGGAAUUCUGCAAAUCUCAGGACAUUGUUCUGGUUGGGUACAGCGUGCUUGGGUCUAGCAGAGAUGAGAGAUGGAUUGAUCAGAAUGCUCCGGUUGUCCUGGCGGAUCCGGUUUUAGCGACCAUAGCCAAGAAACACAACAAGUCACCAGCUCAGGUGGCUCUAAGAUUCGUUCUUCAGCUUGGAGUUGUUGUCCUGGCAAAAAGCUUUAAUCCAACAAGGAUCAAGGAAAACUUUCAGGUGUUUGACUUCAAUUUGCCUUCAGAAGACAUGAAGGAACUUGAAGCUCUCAACAGAAAUUAUCGCUAUGUGGAAGCUAGACAGUGGAUCAACCAUCCUGAGUUUCCCUUCCAUGAUGAAUAUUGAAGCGUCGAGACCUUUGCAUUGACCAAAGAAUUCAGACAUUGUGUUUCUAUUUAAAUAGCAAAAAUGUUCCAGUGGACAGAGGAUAAUGUGAAUAUAGUCAAUCCUGCUAUCUAUUAUGAAAAAUAAAAUACUA